AUGAAUUUUCGCGUUGAGGUUUCUGAUAAUAUGACCCAUGAAAUUGCGGAUAAAGCUGCUGGUGAUGGGUUCCAAUCUUUUCGAGAAUUCAAGAAAUGGAUAUUGUGGGAAACUUACGGUACAGAAACAGCUAAUUUGUUGAAAGAUAGGUCAUUCCAUAGAAUGAUAAUGUCCGAUGUAUACAAUAAAAAAACAUUAAUGAGAUCUUUGCAAUCUGCUGCAAAUUCAUUCUUUUUUUCUGAUUUCUCGGCAUAUUUCCUAGUGAAUUCAUGCAUUGAUUCAGGACCUUGGCGGGCUAUCCCAUCUUUCAUUAAACAAGACCUAAUCUUCAGAGGCAAGGAUAGUGAUGAUUUCAAUAAAGUUUGUGGAGUGCUUUUCGACGAAAUUAGCCGAGGCGAGUAUGGCGGUUUACGGCAUCUUUAUAAUUGGCAGUGA